AUGGACAAUUUGGAGAUAGGUUUGGAGAAGCCACCCCAGCUUUGCGCCUUGACUUUACCGAACCAGACCUUGCACAAGGCUAACAGUGCGGCAGUGCCGCUGGGCGCGGCCGGCGCCCCAGGGUCUGAGUGCCGAGGAGGACAGCGCCUGCAGCGCCAGUGGCCAGGUCUUUCCACCUGCACCAGGUGCCUCAUGGGCCGAUGUCUUGGAACAGAUGACCAGGUGCACCACGGGCUUCUACGAAGGUCGCUACGUUGA